AUGCGGAGCUUAUUUAGAAAAUUCACUGCAUUUAAUAAUUUAUCUUUUGCGAGAAUAAACACUGUCAGACUUGCUUCUUCUAAAAGUGAUACUCAAAAAGAAGAUCCAAAGAAUGUUGAAGAAAUUAAAAAAAACAUUGUUGUGGAAAAGUAUGGAGGUGUUACUACUCUAAAUAUUGAUCGUCAAAAGACUCGCAAUAGUCUUGAUGAAGCUACCCUUAGAGAAAUGACUGAUGCUAUCAAUGCUUUUGAUAAAGAUAGUGAAGCUAAAGUCCUGGUCUUCAAUGGGGAAGGUGGAAGUUUCUGUUCAGGAUUUGAUAUGGAUGAAGUUGGAGAAAAAGGCUAUCAUACAUUAGUAGAUGCAGCUUCACGGCUCCUGAGAAGGCCAUUAUGUGACAAACCCACAAUAGCUGCAGUAGCAGGAUAUGCAGUGGGUGAAGGCUUUGAACUAGCACUAGCUUGUGAUUUACGAGUUAUUGAAGAUACUGCUGUUUUGGGAUGUCUUGGGAGAAGAUUUGGUGCUCCCCAAAGUCUGUAUGGUGGAAGACGAUUAACAUCUCUCAUUGGCCUCUCCCGAGCCUUAGAUUUAUUGAUCACAGGUCGGCCAAUAUCAGGGGCUGAUGCUAAUAUUAUGGGUCUGGCUUGCAAAUUAACUACCACAGGCACUGCUCUUGGUGAAUCUAUAAAAUUAGCAAAAUCGUUAAACAAAUUCCCACAAAAUGCUCUAAUAAUGGACAAGCUGGCCGCUGUCAAUUCCCAACUUAAUCCAAACAGUGAGGAGAGUAUGCGAGACGAAGCUGUAAUGCAGAGUUUGUUGGGUUACGCUAUUGAUGAUUUGAAUAAUGGUAUUAAGAAGUUCCAAGGAGGUAUAGGAAAACAUGGCAAAUUCUACAAACUAACAGAAGUACCCCUUAAAGAUUGGGAACUUGAAGAGUCUUUUGAAGAAACAGUCAAAAUUGACGAAGACAAAGAUAAAAAACCU